AUGUCGGGUCUGUUUCCGGGCUACGAGCUCAAGAAAGCCGGGUUCGAAUUGGCCAUCCUCGAAGCCUCUUGCAAGACCCUCACCUCGGACUACCUCAUUAUCGCUAUCCCGUAUACGUCACAGCGGUUGAUCACCAAGAGCCAUGUCUUUGUCCCCAAGCCGGAAAUGGCCGUCCGCGAUGUUCGCUACGUCGAGGUGACCAAGAUCCUCCUGCAGUACAGGACGAGGUGGUGGGAGAAGGUCCUCAGCUGCGCCGGGCUGGGCUAUGAUGGCGGGCUUUUCGCCCACUCCCACUGCAGCGUCAUCAUGGCAGCCUACACCUUUGAGCGGGGCUUGGCCAUCCUCGGGGGCGCGGAGGCCGGGGCUUUGCAGGUAUUCCCGGCGGACGAUUACGUCUUCUUUUCUGACGAGCAGGCCAGCUUCACCCAUGAGUGGAUCCAGGGCGCCUUCGAGACUGGGCUGAGGUGCGUUCAGCAGAUCUGGAAUGCGCCAAGGUUCACCGCGGCUUCAGCUACCCGCCGACCCACGAACCCACCACAGCGCGCGCUGGGCAUGCGCCUCCUCUCCCCGCGCGUGGCCGCGGGUCGGCUGUCGAAGCAUCCCGUCUUCAUCGCCCUGGCCUUGGUGGCGCUGAUCAUCUUCCGGACAUUUCUCCCCUCUUCUGGCUCCGGCCCUCCCUCGAGAUACUUCUCCGCCCUCCACAGCAUCAGAUUCGUACCGUCCGCCUUCAAUUGGACCUCAGCCGAACUCUUCUUCCCGCCCAAGACUCCUCUCGCCCCAUUGCCUACGGGCACUCCCAAGACGUUCCCCCACGUACAAUACAAUUUCGGCUCAAAAGGCAGUGCUGAGAAGAACAAGGUUGCCGAGGGGCGCAGAAAAGCCGUCAAGGAUGCCUUUGUCCGCUCCUGGUCCGCGUACGCGAAGCAGGCAUGGCUUUGGGACGAGCUGGAGCCCGUGUCAGGCGGCGGCAAGAACACAUUUGGCGGCUGGGGAGCUACUCUCGUCGACAGCCUUGACACCCUCUGGAUAAUGGGUCUCUUCGAUGAGUUCCACGACGCUGCAAAAGCUGCCGCCCAGCUCGACUGGUCCAAUACCACCGACAAAAGCGCAAACCUGUUUGAGACUACAAUUCGCCAUCUGGGGGGCCUACUAAGCGCCUACGACCUGAGCGGGACACCCGCGCUGCUGGAAAAGGCGAAAGAGCUUGGUGACAUGCUCUACAUGGGCUUCGAUACUCCCAACCGUCUGCCAGGCUUCUGGCUCAACUAUGAGGACGCCCGCAAUGGCCGCCAGGUUGCUGGGACACAUGAUCCAAGCGCCUCUCCGUCGUCUCUGGCACUCGAAUUUACAAGGCUAGCCCAACUGACCGGAGACCAUAAAUACUACGAUGCUGUCGACCGUGUGCGCGCAUUUCUCGUUCGCACCCAGGACGAGUCCCAGCUCCCUGGUAUGUGGCCUACAGCGCUCAACUUCCAGCACGAAGAAGUUAUGUCCGACAACAGCUUCACCCUCGGCGCCCUGGCUGACAGCCUGUAUGAGUACCUUCCUAAGAUGUUCAUUCUCACCGGAGGGCUGGAGCCUUCCUAUGAGCAGAUGUAUCGCAAGUCCAUGGAUGUGGUCGUAAAGCACAUCUUAUUUAGGCCGAUGCUCCCAGACCAGGAUGACAUACUGUUUGCAGGGAACGCGCAUGUGAGGUCAGACGGCGUCACACUGGACCCCGAGGGCCAGCACCUAGCUUGUUUUGUCGGUGGUAUGUUCCUGCUCGGAGGCAGGACAUUCGGCAUCGAACCUCACAUCCGCAUUGGCGAGCGCGUUACGCGUGGGUGUACUUGGGGCUACGACGCAUUUCCGACGGGUCUCCUACCGGAACUGUUUGGCCUCCUCCCGUGCCCGUCGCUGGCUCCCUGCGAUUGGGAUGAAGAGCAAUGGUCCAAACAAGGCAACAAAAAUCUCAAAAAGGGUUUCAAGCACGCACGGGAUCCUCGCUACAUUUUGCGGCCGGAGGCGAUCGAAAGUGUUUUCAUACUGUACCGGGUCACCGGGCAGGAGGAGAUCAGGGACAUCGCGUGGACUAUGUUCCAAAGCAUCAUGCGCGCCACCGAGACUCCUUUAGCAAACUCUGCAAUCAGGGAUGUAACUGUCUCAGGGCCAACGGACAAACUGAACUCGAUGGAGAGCUUCUGGACGGCCGAGACCUUGAAAUACUUUUACCUCAUCUUCUCUCCGCCAGACGUCAUCAGUCUAGACGAGUACGUCUUCAACACCGAGGCUCACCCCCUCAGACGGCCUCGGUCGAGGCCUUGA